AUGGCACUGCAGUUUGAAGCCUUCUGUGCAGGGGGCCUGGCCCCAGGCUGGAGCCUGCUGGUCCAGGGACAGUCUGAUUCUGGAGAAGACAAGUUUGAGAUCAACUUUUUGUCGGAGGCAGGGGACAUCGCCUUCCACGUCAAGCCCCGAUUCUCCAGUGCCACCAUGGUGGGCAACACCUUCCAAGGUGGCCGCUGGGGCGAGGAGGAGGUGUCGAGUGUCUUCCCUUUGGCUCUGGGGGAGCCCUUUGAGAUGGAGAUCAGCUCGGACGCGGAUCACUUCCACGUCUACGCCCAGGAGCACAAGGUGCUGCAGUUCUCACACCGCCAGAGGCCGCUGGCCGACAUCACCAGGGUGCGGGUGCUGAGUGACCACCGCCUGGCCCAGGUGGAGCUGGCCAAGAGGGGCCUGAGCUGGGGGGACAGGGGCUACUGAGCCGCACCUGUAGCCCCAGGAGUGAGUCUCGGCCCAUCCUGUGUCCAGGGUGCCUGAAGCCCCACCCUGGGGAAGUUGGGGGUGGGGGUGGCGUCUGUGGGUUCUAUGUGUCCCCCAGCUCUACAUUCAAUAAAAUCUGA